AUGUCCGAACGCAAAGUCCUCUCCAAAUACUACCCCCCCGACUUUGACCCCUCCCUCGUAGGGCGAACCCGCAAGCCCAAAUCCGCGGCCAACACCCCCAAGGUCCAAGUCGUGCGCCUGAUGGCCCCGUUCAGCAUGCGCUGCACCGCCUGCGGGGAGUACAUGUACCGCGGCCGCAAAUUCAACGCGCGCAAAGAAACCCGACCAGACGAAAAGUACUUGUCUAUACAGAUUUACCGGUUUUACAUCCGGUGCACGAGGUGCUCGGCGGAGAUUGUGUUCAAGACUGAUCCCAAGAAUCAGGAUUAUACUGUUGAGCAGGGGGCCAAGAGGAACACGGAUCCGUGGAAGAGGGGGUUGGAUGAUGGGGACAAUGGGGAUGGGGAAGAUGAGACGGAUGAGCAGAGGUUGGAUCGGUUGGAACGGGAAAUGGCGGAGGCGGCGGGGGAGGAGGAGAAGAAUGCUAUGGCUGAGUUGGAGCAGAAAACGGAGGAUGCGAAGAGGGAGAUGGCGGUGGCGGACGCGUUGGAUGAGAUUAGGAGUCGGAAUGCGAGGUUGGAGAAGGCGAAGAGUGAGGGGGUGGAUUUGUUGGAGGGGUUGGUGAGUAAGGAGACGGAGGAGGAAAAAGAGAGGAGGAGGCAGGAGGAGGAGGAUGCUGAGGCGGCGAGGAGGGCGUUUCAGUUUGCGAGGAGGCAGGAGAUGUUGGAGGAGAUUGUGGAGGAGCCGGAAGAGGAGGAGAAGGGGGUGGACGGGAGUAAUGGGGGGCCAAGCUUGUCGUUGAGUGAGGGGAUUAAACCUGCGACGACGGCAGCUGCGACAGCAGCUGCGACGACAGCGGGGACCGAUACGACGGAUAUGCCACCGCCGAGUUUUAAGAGGGUGGUUAAGAGGAAAAAGGACCACGCCGCGCUAUUAGGGAUCAAGAAGAAGAAGAUACUUUGAUGUACCAGCCCACCUCCAUCAUCAAUUCAUGCUCAGAACAGAGAACGAAAUUCAUCUAUCGAGAGCGUAUUCGCAAACCGACAACUCCAGGGAAAAUCAUUGCUUAAUCCCCACCGAUAUUCCCAGCCCAUUAAACGCCAUGCUCGCAACAGAAACGAGAGGUGAUGAGCAAAAAAAGGACGACCUGCCAAAAAAAAAAAGACCCAGAUAUGCAAGUAUUCGAGAAGAGAAGGGAGAAGACAACCGAAAACCAUUUUUUCCCCAACUCGUGUACGCCCCAUAUCAUAUCCAUUCCGAAACCACACACAUCCUAGUAGAUAUGUGUCAUGUGUAACAACCAACGUCAUGUUUUCCCCGGCCCAGAAGAAAAGAAACCCGAUGCUGAAGAAUGGUUGUUACGCUUUUUCCUCUUCUCUUCCCAGCCCGAUAGAAAACGAAGAAAUGAAGAGAUUUUCACGCUUAUUUCUUUCUCCCUCACGGCAAUGAUGCGUCACAACUGAUUUACUGGUAGUUGUAAUCGCCUGGGUUUCUCCUCUGGUUCGAUACGCCGUUGGGCAUACUGUUUGUGCCCGAGGAGCGGUCGUUGCUCUGGCUUGGGGAGCGCCUCUCGGGAGAGGUGGGAGCCUGGGAGAUGGAGUCCAUCUGGCGCUUGGUGUGUUGGUGCAUGGAGCGGGCGUAGCUGCCGAGGUCGCUGGGUGGUGGGGGUGACAUGGCGAGGCCGACGGAGUAAGAGGCGUUUUGGGUGGUGGGCAUGGUGCGGGUUAUGUCUUUGUGGGUGGUGAUGAUUUUUUUGGAGAGUUGAUGAUGGUGAUGAUAGUGCCGCUCACGUUGAAACUUUUUGCAAGAGAUGAGAGACUGCAGGAGAGCUACUCAAAAGGAAAACGCCGACAAAGAGAAGAAGUUUGCGGUUAUUGUUUGUCAGGCUUCAGCAGCCAAGAGUUGAUUGUGUUUAUUAGUCUGUGACUAAGAUGCGGAAAGAAAAAAAACAAGGAAACGGAGGGGAGGGGUCGCCAGACUUUAUAACGGAGAGCUUGGCUUGUAGGUGCUUGGAGUGUAUUUGAUUAAGGCGAGAUUUGGUGGGGCCGGGUGGUAAUCAAUGGCACUUUUUGUGUGGGAAGGGGUACGAGUGGUGUGGGGACGGGGGAGGGGGGAAAGUUCGAAGGGCAGAUUGACAAGCGGAAGGGGUCCACGCGGGGGACGGGCAGGGACCCUCAGAGAGAGCAGUCGGGACAAGAGAGGUCUCACACCCAUCGUCACCAUGAUCCUCGCACACCACCACCCGCCGGAACCAAUCUCACAAAGGCACGACAAGAAGGGGGCCCGUCUCUCUCACCACCUCAUAGGUGGAAGAGGAUAGUGCUGCUACCCUCAGAUGCAAGCUUACCCCCAAACCUAUGACCGAUCAGCGGUGAUGAGCGCCGUUUGAACAUGGGGGUGACCAUGACAGACGUAGGACGGCUGCCAGUUAUGGCGUAGCUUAUGACCGUUUGAACCCAUCACUCAGGGACUGAACAUGUCUUCCCGUUUACGCCGGAUUCACUCGACGUAAACUUUGGCCGGCUGUGUGUUACCACAGAACAAUUGCUCAGCGCGGCUGGCCGACCUGUCUUAGAUCAGUGCCACAGCAUCGACUUGGUGUCCCCAGCCUGUUAGUGAAGCGCGGCGGCAACUACGCAGUGAGAGGAUGAAUGACGGAAAACGGAAGAAGUUGGGUGGAUGGGGGAAGACAGCGGGAGCCAGGAAAGGCAAGACCCUGCUGAUCAUAGAGUUGGGGGGUGAGAUAACGGAGGCGAGAUGUGACGACUAAAGCCGUGGGAGACGGCGUUUCAGUGGUGCCAGAGAGACAGCACUGACGAAGAGAGAGUCCUGGGUACAUGACGAGGAAGUCCGCGUCGGUGGCCAAGGCAAGCGAGAGAUGGGAUCAGCAGUCUCACCCACCCUCCGCAACAAAAAGGAUGACGGUUUGAAAUGAUGUCAGUGGUUGGACAAGACAAAAGCGGGCCCCCGAACCAUGAAUGCUUGUUGUUCCGGUCUGCAAGGCUCAUGCAGAGUACCGAUAGCUAUUCCCUAACCUCAUCUCGCGAAAGGUAUCUGUACUCGGCCAACGUUAGGAGAAGUUGUUGAUGUACUCAUGUGAGCAAUAUCUUUUCCACUGCUAUUGAAGCCAAGGUACCUGAUAUGUCUCUGCCCUGCAUGCAGCAAGAGGGGGUAAGGGGGUAUGGUGAGCCAAUGGCCGAGGAAAACGACGCUUGGACAGGGGAAAAGUUGGCACAGUG